AUGUCGGUGCGGCUGGGGCUGUUGGCGUGUUUCGUACGUCUGCUAUUCCCAGGAGAAAUCAUGGAUGAAAAGCUGUCAUACAAAGACUUUCUCAAUCGCAAUGACUCCUGGACGAUGGACGACAGAGACCUGUGCUUUGAAUCACAGCCCGUAUUCAAACCCAUGGAGAUGGCUGACCCCUUCAGCAUGCACAGAGGGGAGAAUCUGCCUGAUUUAUCAUUUCCUACUGACAUGAAGAAUGUGCCGCUGUUCACGGACCAUGUUGAUGCUUCCAGAGACAUCCAUGCACCACAUGGAUCUAUGAUGGUACCUGAACAACCUUUCUUGGGGCCCCUGUAUUCUCCUGCAGAGGCUCUAGACCCGUCAGCCUUCAUUGGCCUGGAUUCAACUGCAGAAUUUCUGCAAGACAAAGCAGUGUCUGAAGAACAUUGGAUGGGAGCUCAGCACGACGUGAAGGGACCAGAUGCCUCUUUCUUUGUUGAGCCACCAGUGCCCCCCACAGUGACUGAAGCAAUAAAGCCGAAUUUUCUGGAAAGCCCUGCGGCGGUGGCUCCCGGUUUUGUUCCUGCUGCGGUAACAGCAUUCCCAGGAGAGGCUGAAGCUACUGACGGACCAAAAGGUGCGGCGUCAGCAGAUGCAGCGUGUGUUCCUGCCUCGGAUGUCCUGUCCCUUUCUGCAGAGAAAGCUGGGUCCGUUCUUGCAGGAGACGCCAAGCCUCCUCAAGCUGUGGAUGCUGGAUUUGGACCUACAGCAGGAGCCAACGCUCUGCAGGCUGCGGAGGUUGAGUUUGCUGUCAGCGAUGCGUCCGCCCCAGCGGCAGCUGCGGGCUUCACCCCAGCAGCAGACGCCACAUCCCGUUACGCUGUGGAUUUGGAGUUUGCCCCAGCAGCAGAUGUGGAAUCUCACCAUGCUGGGGAUUUGGAGUUUGCCCCAGCAGCAGAUGUGGAAUCUCACCAUGCCGGGGAUUUGGAGUUUGCCCCGGCAGCAGAUACGAAAUCUCAUCAAGCUAUGGAUUCUGAGUUUGCCCCGGCAGCAGAUACGACAUCUCCUCAAGCUAUGGAUUCUGAGUUUGCCCCGGCAGCAGAUACGACAUCUCAUCAAGCUAUGGAUUCUGAGUUUGCCCCGGCAGCAGAUGCAGAGUUUGCCCCUGCAGCAGAAGUCAACCAUCAUCGUGCCAUGGAUUCUGGGUUUGCUCCUGUAGCAGAAGCCGAGCCUCUUCCCACCAUGGAUUCUGGGUUGGCCCCUGCAGAAGCUGAGUCUGUCUCUGCAGCUGAUGCUGAGGUUGCUGCAUCUGAAGAGCUGAUGACAUCUGAGUCUUCUCUUGAGCAAGACAAGUCACCCUUCGACAAACCUCUGGCAGAAGUGAUUGCAAACGUGGAGCAAGAAUCGCUGGUCGCAGAAGCUUGUGUCGAUCUGUUGGAGAAGGCUGAAGACAGCAGACCACCUCCCAGCCACCACGAAGAGCAUCUUCCCCAACAGACGAACCAUCUUGCAGAACCAGCAGUGCCAGUAGAAGCAAAAGAAGCCGUUGCACUAGAAAAUAAAGACCUUCUUCCAGAAAAAUCUGUUACUACUGCGGAUGUUACUGUUACAGAGACACAAAAGGAGGCGGCUGAACACAACCAUGUCCAACACGCAGAACCUCAGCAAGAAAAAACCCUGCCAGAGCCCACAGUGAAACCAGAAGAGACCAAACCAGUUGAAGCUGUGACAGGGAACGACAUCACAGCGCCUCCCAACAAAGAGCUUCCUCCCAGCCCUGAGAAGAAGACAAAGCCUGCCGCAUCCACAUCAUCUACAAAGCCUGCCGCACCGAAAGCCAGGCCCCUGUCCGCUACCAGCCCCAAACGGCCAGCCUCUGCCACGCCUGGCCCAAACAAAAAACCCACGAGCCCUACCGCAGGUCCUACUGCAGCCACCACUACUAAACGCCCAGCCACCAGUACUACACGUCCCUCCACCUUAACUCCAAAAGAGACUAAACCAAAGGUUGCAGAUGUGAAGACCACAGACAAGCGGACCUCACUUUCAAAGCCUCCAUCAUCUGCCUCUCCUAAAACUACCGUCAGGAGCACCUCUGCUACUCCUAGGACAACGGCCGCAUCGCCCGUUUCUGCUGCCGCGAAAAAUACUGCUACUUCGCCGCCGAAGAGGCCAACGUCUAUCAAGACGGACGCAAAGCCUGCAGAUGUGAAGAAGACCUCCGCAAAGUCACCAUCAGCAGACUUGAGCCGCCCUAAGAGCGCUACUGGAAACGCAGUGAAAAGUAGUGCCACCACUCCUUCUACCACCGCCUCCAGCGCGCCUACCUUACCUGGAGUAGCUACCAGUCGUCCCAAAACCAAGCCUGCUGCAACCAAACCCACCACAACCUCAACCCCAACAGCAGAUGCUAAAAAACCAACCACUAAGGCUCCGACUAAACCCAGCGCUGUUUCCAAGCCACCUCGCCCGACCAGCAGCGUUUCUGCUCCAGACCUGAAAAACGUACGUUCCAAAAUCGGAUCAACAGAUAAUAUUAAGCAUCAGCCUGGUGGAGGAAAGGGGAAAAUAGAGAAAAAGCCAGAAUCAGCCGCUGCUGCGCGAAAGUCUGAACCCAAUGCGGUCUCUAAAAUGGCUACUACUAAAACAACCGUAUCAAAAGAGAGUGCCCCAAAACAGCCCAAUGGGAAAGUCCAGAUAGUCUCCAAAAAAGCGAACUACAGCCAUGUUCAGUCCAAGUGUGGUUCCAAGGACAAUAUUAAGCAUGUCCCUGGAGGUGGGAAUGUGCAGAUCCAGAACAAGAAAGUUGACCUUUCCAAAGUGUCCUCGAAGUGUGGCUCUAAAGCAAAUAUCAAGCAUAAGCCAGGGGGAGGAGAUGUCAAAAUUGAGAACCAGAAGCUGAACUUCAAGGAGAAGGCGCAAGCCAAAGUGGGUUCUCUGGACAACGUGGGACACUUGCCAGCAGGAGGAACCGUGAAG